AGCAUCAGAUAACGGGGAGCUCAUUUAAAGAUGGCGGAGUCAGUGGAGGUACACAGCGCGGACGGGAGUUUUAUGAACAUGUUGAAGUAUGAUGGUCGAUACUAUGUGACCCAUUUCGUUGGAAAUGUCAAGGAUCAUCUUGCUGCAAUAGAUGUGAUGGAUGUCAGGGAAGAUGACACAUUCAUACUCUCGUACCCAAAGUCAGGUACCCAUUGGGCAUUUACCCUUGCCAGCAUGCUUCGUACAGGGGAGACAGCCUACCGCGGAUCGCCCACGUUUUUAGACUAUACCGACAUGCAGACGAUUGAUAACCUCCCAUCCCCCAGAGUCCUGGCGACUCACUUGACCUUUGACUUUAUGCCCAAACAAGUAAAAGAAGGGAAGGGGAAGGUCGUUGCAAUAUUUCGGAAUCCAAAGGAUGUAAUAACUUCCCUUCGUACCUUUGGGAAGAAAAUGGACCACAAGGAUUUCCAAAAGGUCUACAAAACUACAUGGGAAGGUCUUCUUGAAUUUUACAUGGAUGGCAGAAUUUUCUACGGGUCCUGGUUUGAAUACAUACAGAACUGGGAUAAAGUGAGGAGGGAGCACAAGGAGACCAACAUACUGUACCUCACGUAUGAAGAUAUGAUACCGGACUUGAGGUCGCACGUGCAAAAGUUAGCGGUGUUCCUUGAGGUAACUUUCGGACCGGAAUUCCUGGACACGGUGACUGAAAAGUGUACGUUCCGGAACAUGGUUACAGAAGCCACAAAGGCGGUCGCACCAUCCAAACAGUGGAAAGACAUGACCAGUCAGAAAACACUCCCGAUCUACAGAAAAGGUGAAGUCGGAGACUGGAAAAAUUUCUUUACAGUUUCACAAAAUGAACAGUUUGACCAAGUAUACAAGGAGAAAAUAGAAACAUCGAGUUUUAGUUUCCGAUUUGAAUAAUCCGAUUUUUAGCAGUCAAUGGACAUUCAAGAAUUCAGAUUAUAAAUUCGUAUUUGAAAUAACAAACUGAAGUACAGAGGCCUAUUAUAUUAUCUUUAUAUAACUAUGGACGAAAGCAUGCGUGCUUUGGAAUAGUUUAUUAUAAUCUGUAUGUAAAGAAACAGCUAUAUAUUUCUAAUAAAGAUAUGCUGUCAUGGAAACAGUGUGUAUAUUUGUUGAUCCCUCCAGCAAAGGUUCUAA